AUUCGCCUGAGGAAAGAGGAGAGGGAAGUACUGAAUGAAAUCGAGGAGAAAGAUCAGUAUGAGAAUCAAAAGACAGGAACUAGGAAUUAUUUUGCUUGCUUUCAGUGUCGAAAGACUUUCAGUCAACAAGGAAAACUUAAUAGGCACAUGCAAAUUCACAAUAGAGAGAAGCCUAACAGAUCCGCUCAGUGUGAAGAGAGUUUCAAUCAUAAUGGAAACCUUGAUGUCCACAGCCUUUUUAACUGCCAACAGUGUGGAAACAGUUUCACUCAUAAAGGAAGCCUUAACAAGCACAUGAGAGUUCACAGUGGAGACGAGCCUUACACAUGUAAUCAGUGUGGAAAGAAUUUCAGUUUUCGUGGAAACCUUAAAGUCCACAUGAGAAUUCACACUGGAGAGAAGCCUUACAUCUGCAAACAGUGUGGAAAGAGUUUCAGUCAACAUGUAAAUCUUGAAUCUCACACGAGAAUUCACACUGGAGAGAAGCCUUUUACCUGUAAACACUGUGGAAAAAGUUUCAGUCAACUUGGAACUCUUAAUUACCAUAUGAAAGUUCACACUGAAAAGAAACCCUUCACCUGCCAUAACGUCCACAGGCGAAUUCACACUAUGGAGAAAUUUUUUUACCUGCCAACAGUGUGGAAACAGUUUUACUCAUAAAGGAAGUCUUAACAGGCACAUGAGAACUCAUACCAAGGAGAAGCCUUACAUAUGCCCUCAGUGUGGAAAGAGUUGAUGAGAAUUCACCCUAAAGAGAGGUUUUAACCAAAAAGGUAACCUUAGGUAUCACAUAAAGAUUUACUCAAGAGGGACCUGUUUCAAUGUCACCAGUGUGGAAUGGGUUUUACAGACAAGAAAAGCUCAAGAAAAUAAAUAAUUCCGGAACAUUGUAAAGAAACCUGUCAUGUGCCAUCACUGUGGAAAGAUUUCCAGAAACAAAGCAAAUCUUGAGUUUUACAUAAGCUGUAUGAUGCCAUACCCAUCUUCCAUGAAGCUGCAUUGUGCAACAUUGAGAUUGUCACCUAAUUUUAUUCAAUCAACACUGAACUGAUUCUAAUAGAAUAACUACAUUACUGUUUUGUAGAACUGUUUACAUCUAAACUAAUGUCUAAAUAAACUUCACAGUAGUGGCAUUUCCAAUACAGAUUUAUGCAAAACUUUAGCAACAUUUUAUAAAUGUUGUCAAAAAAGUAUUAUGAAAUGACGCAAUUUCCAGUAACCAGUGUUAUGCGACUAAAACACAUCUUUUGCCUUUUGCAAUAAGUCAUAGCAAUGGAAUUUGAGUACAUUUAUUAGGAAGUGUAUUAGGUUUUUUUUUUUUUAUGGAAGCAGCACAGAGAGCUGCUACAGAAACCUACGUCCAUGGCGCAGUUGGAAUAAGCCCAAGCAUUGACUAGAGUGGCCACAAUCAGCUUCAGUGGCCGUAUCAAAGCCACUACAGAUGUGUCCAGUGUAAAUUGUCUAAGCAUUGAUCGUAGGGAAAGACCUUUAUACUGGAGCUCAGCCAUG